GGGGAAAACUGCUACCGAAGCAACAGAUGACAUUAUCAGUAACCAUCUCCCUAAACUGAAAGAACUCCAACUAAGUGGUGAAAUACAUGUUAACAAUAUAGAUGUGUUCUGUGAGAAGGGAGUCUUUGAUCUGGAUUCUACUAGAAGAAUUCUUCAAGCUGGAAAAGAUAUAGGGUUACAGAUUAACUUCCAUGGUGAUGAACUCCAUCCGAUGAAAUCUGCUGAGCUUGGAGCUGAACUAGGAGCCCGGGCUAUCAGCCACCUGGAAGAAGUUAGUGAUGAAGGUAUCACGGCAAUGGCAAGAGCUAAGUGUGCUGCUGUCCUUUUACCAACAACUGCCUACAUGCUAAGACUGAAGCAACCUCGAGCUAGAAAAAUGUUAGAAGAAGGAGUUAUAGUUGCUCUUGGCAGUGACUUUAAUCCUAACGCGUACUGUUUUUCAAUGCCUAUGGUGAUGCAUCUGGCCUGUGUAAACAUGAAGAUGUCAAUGAAUGAAGCACUAGCAGCUGCCACCAUUAAUGCAGCUUAUGCUCUGGGAAAAUCGGACACUCACGGCUCCAUAGAGACUGGCAAGCAGGGGGAUCUUGUUAUCAUAAAUUCAUCAAGGUGGGAGCACUUGAUUUACCAGUUUGGGGGACAUGAAGCAUUGAUUGACUAUGUUAUAGUUAAAGGAAAAGUCGUCUAUCAAAAUGAGAGGUGUGGAAUAACGAGCAGUUACUGA